AUGAAUACCGCUUCCGGUGACAGUACUGACGAUUCAAGCGGUCGAGUAAUUGCAACGCUAGUCGCUGACACUGGUGAUGUAAUCGCAACGAUUAAAGACUCAGACGUGGGUGAACAAGUAAUCGCCGCAGCGAGUACGACCUGCUGAGAUAAAUACUGACGCUGUUAUUUCCGAUAGAUAUGCGGCAGGAUAGUAAUCGCAUUCUUUAAAUGCCGUAACCUUUAUAGAAAUAAUAAUUUUUUAUUAAAGACCCGCUGGGGUCCCAUCAAAGCAUUGUAAAAGCAUUACUCUUAUCUGUUGCUGCUGCUGAUGAUGAAAAUGAUGCUGAUGAUGAUGAUGAUGAGGAGGAGGAGGAGGAGGAGGGGGAGGAGGAGGAUGAUGAUGAUGAGGAUGUGGAUGAUGUUUGUAAUUCUUGUUCCGGCGACAGGGCCGGAGGUAUUAACGUUCGCAUCCAUUCGGUAUUUAAAGAAUGCGACGCAGUUUCAUGCAAUAACGGUUAUUGCCUAAACAACUUAGACAUUCCUCUGUCUAAAACAGAAAGCGCAACUUUGAAAUGUCAGUUUACAUCAACAGUUAGGAGCACCUGAAGAAUGAUUCGCUGGUGAAGGAGAAUUCAACAAGGGACUCUCUUUCAAUAUUUACUUUUCAGCAUCGUGAAGACACCAUUCCCGGGUUUGUUAGCUUCCUGAGAUGACUGCUGAACUCAUAUGGAGGGAUGUUCUACGCUUAAGUAACUUCACUACAGCAUUCACAACAGAUAUUCAAAAUUAGCAGUGAACAACACGCAGGUGAUGCGGGCGUCCUAGAGUUCAUAAAAUGGCAACCGGUCGGAAGUCAAGUGUGAAUAAUUUCGCACUGAGCGCGGUAGAUACAAUAAUCGCGAUUUUAUGCAAGGCGAUAUCUAUAUCACCAAAACUCCCCAUGCUAAGACGACAAAAAGUGCGUCGAUGGUUGCAUGAAAACUCGCAGAGACACCUUUGUUUUGCACUAAUGUAACAAGUAUCCAGACAAACAUUCCGGCUAUAGUUCGAAAUUCACUAAUGCGUACCAAGAAAGCACUUCAGCGGAGGGGCAGUCCAUUUGGGCAGGCAGCCGCCCCAGUAAAUUUCGCAGUUCAGGAGACAGGCCAAUUUCUGGAGAAGAAUAACCUCUCAGCACAUAUUACUUCACUACUUGGUUCGUCUCCCUCAAAAACACACGACAGAAGAGAGUCUUUGUUAAAAAAAAAAACAGAAAACUUGAUUGGCAAUAAAAACAAAAAUUAGGAAGCAGCAGCAGCAGGGACUCAUUUUGUUGCCUCUGAAACCUGCUAUGAGCACGAAUGAAUACGAGACUGUUUACCUACUAGUGCUCCAGCAGGCGAGCGUCGGUCAUGUUGUCCCGUCUCGGCGGUCGAUAAACUGUCAGGACAUCGAGGCUAGGAGAGCUCGGCACUUUAAUAGACAGCCAGAUUGCCUAAGAACUGCACGAAAAGUUAUCGGUCUUGUCUGAUACAUUUACCCCAUUCUUUACAUACGUGAAUACGCCUCCUCCCUGACGCCCUUCCCUAUCCCUUAUAAACAUCUGGUAGCCAGGCAAGGCCAGCUCACGGUCAUCCACGUGUUGUGUCAACCAGGUUUCUGUUAAAGAGAUUACGUCAGGGGACAGGUCGCAGAGGUGGAUCUUUAGCUCGUCGAACUUUGAUAGCAAACUCUGCACGUUGGUGUGCAAGAAUUUCAAUUUCCGGCUGGUGGAAGAUGUGGUUACAUUUUGGUCAACGCCUUCACUUAAUAUGUUGGCUGCGCGGUCAUUCGGACCGGACCUGUCCAAAGGAAGAUUGACGGACGGCGCCGUACUUGGUUGUUGUAUAUAACUAAAUUGUUCUCCCCCUCGCUACAAAUUGUUCUCUCCCUCGUAACCAAUAGGGAUUUCAAAGGUACACACCUACUUUCCCUGAAAUAUACUGAUACUGAUACUAGGACCUCGGAGGAGGUUCUGAAAACUGGCUUGAACAUAGCGAUGUAUUCCAUUUUCUAACAGUCGACUUUGUUAGGUCCCCAUGCGCUAUCGAAUUACAAGCGUUCACCAACUUAUUUAAGCCAAACAGAAGCAUCAAAUUUACCUGCUAGACACCAAACCUAAUUCGAUCGUAGAUUUGGUGUGCACUAGUUAAUGUGCCACCACGAGUUGACUUUCCGGCGUUAUGGCCAGACGUUUUGUUGAAUCAUCCUUGAUUUCUGAUCCUGUGGCUGUCGAGGAUGACGACCUGCAUUUCCAUCAAUCAGUUUUCUUGUCAUAAAUAGUUUGGAAAUGCAAAAGUCAGUCAACCUAUAAUAAUUUUGACUCGUCUACGAGGAUGUACAGUGCCGUUCACCGUCAUGUCCCUCGGAGGCAAAUGGACUUAGAUACUUCACAAGGGCCUGGUUUCGAUGAAUACAAAAGAAUCAUAGUCAACGAUCCACAGCAGGCUUAUAGCUAGCACUCAGAAUCGCCUGUUUCGUGUAAGCUACUUUGUGCGAUAAAACCUUCAAAACUUGUAUUGAGACACAGGACACAAAAUAACCAAAGCAGUAUGUAGGAGAAAUGGCUCCUAUUUAAUAAUUCUGUUAGCGGUUAAGGAAAAUCGAAUCUCAGGUGGCAGUACAGCUGAUCAAAUAGGGUUCAAUCCGAGAACACAGGCCUUUUGUAAGUACCCCAAAGUCUGUGAGUGAGCGUGAAAAAAGAUGUUUCAGUCUGCAGAGGCUACCCUGCGGUCUCGGACUCGAUUAAAACGACUUUCUUCACCUAACCGGUUUGAGAGGACAUGCUUGUUGCAUAUUCCGGUCUUACAGUUACUCGGAUUUGGCACAAACGUGGGUCCAAACAUCAGAUCAACAAUGGAUGUAUGAAGAAUUUUCCCUUAACUAAUUUUCUUUUCCUUACAUUGUCCCAUUUGAGGCUAUGCUCCUGAAGCCCGGAAAAACCCAGGUAGGUGGUACUCCUGCAAGAAAUGGAUGAGACCGUCAGGAUACUGUCAAUACAACGUUAUUAGCGGAAUAGCCACACUCGUGGCACAGCUGCUUCUGUUGCGACCGUCUAGUCAGGCAGGCAUGCGCUACUUCACUAUGUAAGGCCUCCGGACGGUAUUCAUGAAUCCGGUCACUGUUACUUUGAAAGAGAUGCAAUAAACACAGAUACGACUAAUUUGGGUGUUGUUUGUUAAUCCUCCUGAGACCGCCUGUGUGAGAUUCAAAGCUGGAGCUCCAGGGGGGGAGCUGAAACGCUCAUUUCCGUUCUGCGAAUAAGAUGGGCUCCUGAAGGCAGCUCCCCUGAACCUCGGGGUCCCCAGGAAGUGAGCUCACAGCAUAGGCAGUGAGGUGUUUGGCUUAAAGUGCACAUUGGCCUUUUGGGACCGGCCCCGAAUUUCCGAUGCAGCAGCAACUACUGUUGGAACAUGACAGGCCGACGAUAGUAAGUAAACCCCAUAGGACCAUUUCGGUUUGCCUCGUUAUUGCUGCCAAAACGUCUUUCCACCAUUCCGCACUGCGUGGUUUUGUGAGAACUUGGGAUUUCUUCGACGUACGCAAGGCUGGAAUAUAACCACCACCACCACCACCACCACCACCAUCACCACCACCACCACCGCCAGCAUCCCAUGAAACUCCACUUACAUGUUCGCCACUUCCCUUCAUUGGGUAGACGUUUGUAUAUGGGUGCGACUCCGGAAAGGAUACUUCUAACAAUUUGUUUGCCAUAUUCAUUUCCAUGGACUACAGUGGUACAACCGAAAUUCCGCUACUUAUCCCGAAAAGUACACAUUUGAAAGUACACACGGCUCACUUACGUGCUUGCACACCAUAACUUCGCGGAAAAAACCUGGUAACUUUAUGAGGCGACAUAAUGCGGUGAGAACUCAUGAGGUCAAAGGACGUUUUAGCAGUCCGGCACAAAAACUGUCAAAAGUAAAGCCUUGGAGGCGCAGUGGACCUGCAAAUAUAGGCGACACAUUGCAAACGCAAUACUCCUACUGACAGUGCUGUUCGAACUUUAGUUUAGCACUAUCAUGCUUGGCGUUGGCUAUGUGGAAUAAUUUUGCGUAAAUUUUCCUCUGUCAAAUCCGCACAAAGUUUUGCCAUUCUUUCACUGUUUACACUUGGUAGUCCACCGUAGAGCCACCUUUACAUUCUCUUGACUUGUAAAUUAAAAGUUCAGAUCUGCAUGUCGUGUUUUACAGUUUAGUGCGCUCCCACUGUGCUUAAAAUUCAGACAGAGUUUGUUUUUUAACCCAUAGCGCUGUGAGCAGGACUCCUCGAAACUGUUAUUAACCACUUUCUUGUACUUCCACAGCCAAUUUUUUUAAUCAGAUUCAAAACAAGAUUAGGCAUUAAAAGUCGAAACUCGUGUUUACCAGAAACAGAGACACAAAAGACGUGGUUUUCUAUGAAAUGGACAUGGGAAGAAAAUUGCUGUUUUCACAAAAAAAACCAUUGCAGGUUCAUGUUGCUUAAGUGGCAAGCUUUUCUGCAUUUGAUUUACACAGAUGACCGGAUGGAUGCUUUAUGAAAGGUCAGCAUGCGACGACCCGGGAACGGAUUGGGGGUUACAUACGCUACCAGUAAGUUUUGCGACCUCACCUACAAGUGAUAUUUUAAACUUGAAAGCGUAUGGAAAAUUACCAUUCAGUACUUAAUAAAGUUCGACGCCCACUGCAUGUAAAAAUUAGAAAUUUUGCCGCAAUACUUACUAGAUCCGCAUUUACUGGUUUUCGUCAGAUUUGGAAAUAAACAAUGACAGUGGGAACUGGGCCUGAAAACGUAACCAAUAAGUAGGCUCAUAGUUACUUUGGAAGGAGUCGAAGACUACCUUUAAAAAGUCCUAAGAUUCUUGUUCUCAGUGCUAUGAUUCAUCUAAAAAGCGCGUUUGGCGACGCCGGGAAUCUUCAGCACGGAAGACGGACCGCGACACCUCCUUGGCUCAGGGCAAAAUAUUUUUCCAUUAUCCUUUUGCAUAGUCAACGUUCGUAUCACGUCCUUCGUUAUUCGCAUCAUUACUCAUCAAUGGGCCGAUGGUAGUCCGAUUGAUUGCAUCACCCUAAACAUGUGACUCACGCAGUGUGGUCUUCGAUGUUGAAUGGCGUUCAUGACCGCUCCAUAUAAGAAUUUAAUUGCGGUGCACAUUCAGUCCACUUCCGUUUAUUUAGAAGAAUAGGAGCGAGUUUUUGAGUAUCCCAUCCGCAACAUAGAUGUGUGAGUUUGUAUACAGACAAACUACAGAUUUUGGGGAGUUUCAUGAAUGCAAUAGGUACUGGAAAAUAAAUCUCAAGAAAGGAGUUCAAUUUCUUAUCGUUCAGGCUAAUUUCGGAACAUACAUCCGUAAAGUUCCUUUAUGAAGGUUUCCAGCAAUUAUUACAGUAGCUACGGACGGGUAUUGCGUGUCUUCAAUACAAUGCUCGAGGGGCUGAACCCCAGCACAUCGAGCCUUGGCUACUAUGGACCAAGUUUUAAUGAAUGACCUCAACUUCUGGUUUUGGUAGCGGAAUCGAAAAAAGUCGCCAAAGUCCCGGCUGAAAGGUAAUUCAUUCACAAUGCGGAAGGCUUGUACAAGGCUUCCGCUCGCUAACCUAGGGUUCGAAGGGAAAAGGUUUUACCUUUGCUAUACGAGCCGUAUAGGGUAACCGGUUUCGACUGGGUUAGUCGAACUAAUUCAGCACAGACAGGCAAAAAUUCAGAUUUUCGGCCUACAGCCAGGAUAGAUCGAUGCCAGUCGCUCAUAUAUGGCGUCUAAGCCACCUUUCCAUACGCUUUAUUGAUAGGACUGACUCAUGUAGCCCCGCCCCCAACAGUGACACGAGAACAGGAACCGCCUGGAAUAGAGGUGGCCCUGAGCCAACUUCCAAUGAAAAUGGGGUAA